AUGGCGAAUGCUGCACCUUCCGUCAUCAUCCGUAGCCGUUCUGGUGGUGUUUACUCGCUGUCCUUUGUCUCGGCUGGGAAGCUCCUGAGUGGCAGUCUCAACGGUGAGGUCUCACUUUGGGACUUGCGUGACCAGCGUCCUGAUGCCAGCUGGAAGGUUUCUGAUGAGACGGUGCUUUCGGUGUGGGCUCUGGCACAGGGCCAACAGUGCCUCAGCCAGAGCAAGGAUGGGAGGGUGGGGCUGUGGGAUGUGGAGCUGCAGAAGGCAUCGUGGGAGGUUCGCACUGAGAGCUGCGCUUUCGCUCGUCUUGCAGUGAUGCCUGGCAACGCAGGAGACCCCUGGAGUGCGAAGGCUUCCGACUGCAC